GCUCGGUGUGUCCGCCGGUGUGCGGCCGAUAGGGGGCAGCAGGGAGGAAGAUACCGGAGCUAAGCCCGGAAGUAUUCUCCGGUCCCCAGUACAGAUCAUGGCGCCGGCGGUGCGGACCGUGGACACUGUGUCAGGAUUUACAAGCUGUGUGAGUGUUUAGCCGCUUCCCGGGGACUUUGUGAGGAGAUCCCGCCCGGUGGACUGUGUGCUGAGAGACUCCCUGUCCGCCUCCCAGGCGGCCUUUUGCAAAAAUGAUGGAAGACAAAGGACAUAGAGUUGCUGACUAUUUUGUGGUGGCUGGACUCACUGACACAUCUAAACUCUUGGACCAUGACAUGACUCGAAUGGAAAACAAGAUCGUCGGCCCCAAGGCUCCUAUUACUGACAUUGCCAUCAUCAAUAGGACAUUAGGGGAGACUGUACCAGAGGGCUAUACAUGUAUUGAGCUCACACAAAGUGGCCUCCAAGCGAAUCUCAACCACGGAAGCCUUAAGAGUCCGGAGCUGUAUAUCUGUUAUAAACGUGAGAGAGAGAAGGUGCCCUUAAUAGACGUUGGUGUGUUAUAUGAAGGCAAGGACCGUCUCAUGGCGGGUUGCGAGAUCAUUAAGGCCACCCCAUAUGGACGAUGUGCAAAUGUCAACAAUAGCUCUACCACUUCCUCACGAAUAUUCAUCACCUACCGACGAGCGAUUAAGAAACGUACACAAAAUUCUUUAGCUGUGACUGAUAUCUGUGUAAUCAUUACUAAUAAAGGGGAGACUCCACCCCACACCUUCUGUAAGGUGGACAGGAACCUCAACUGUGGCCUGUGGGGAUCCAAUGUCUACUUGUGUUACAAGAAGACUGUUCCAGCUUCUAAUUCCAUUGCUUAUAAACCAGGUUUGAUCUUUAGAUACCCUGAGGAAGAUUAUAAGUCAUUCCCACUCUCUGAAUCUGUGCCUCUCUUUUGCUUGCCAAUGGGGGCUACUAUAGAAUGUUGGGAUCCCCAAAACAAACAACCUCUUCCAGUUUUCUCCACUUUCGUCCUUACAGCCUCCACAGCUGAGAAGGUUUACGGUGCUGCUAUUCAAUUCUAUGAGCCGUACCCUCGUGAAAUGUUGUCUGAAAAACAAAUGAUGCAAUUGGGGCUGAUAUCUGCUGUAGAGAAAAAAGUACUGACCUCCAAGGCCAUCAAUACCAACAAAUGCAUCUGCCUGCUCUCACACUGGCCUUUCUUUGAGACCUUCCGCAAAUUCCUUGUGUUCAUCUACAAGCUGUCCGUGUCCGGUCCAAAUACACUUCCCAUUGAGAAAUACAUAUCACACUUCAUGCAUAAUGUGCCUUUCCCAUCUCCCCAGAGGCCAAGAAUCCAGGUUCAGCUGUCUGCACAUGACACCUUGAUGGUUUCACAACCCGUGGCAACCCCUUUGCCUUUGAGUGGUGCAGCUUUUAGCACAUUGCUUUUGAGUCUGGGACCUGAAAACUGUGCAACUUUGUUGCUGUUUGUCCUCAUUGAGAGCAAGAUUCUGCUGCAUUCACUGAGACCUGCUGUGCUGACUGGAGUAGCAGAAGCCGUUGUUGCUAUGAUCUUUCCUUUCCAGUGGCAGUGUCCAUAUAUCCCUCUCUGCCCACUGUCUCUGGCCGAAUUGCUGAAUGCUCCAAUACCCUUUAUUGUUGGGGUGGACUCUCGAUACUUUGAUAUAUGUGACCCGCCCCAGGAUGUUGUGUGUAUCGACCUGGAUACGAGCAUGGUUUACACGUCAGAGGAUAAGAGAAGUGUUAACUGGAAGCAGCUUCCAAAGAAACCAGCAAAAAACCUCCUCACAGUCCUAAGAAAGCUUCACAAACAGCUCCUUUCAGAAUCCCAUCGAAAGAGCGAGGAAGAGUCCGCACUAGAGGUGACACCGAUUGAAGCAGACUUCACUUGGCAAAGAAAAAUGAAGGAAUUAGAAAUGGAAGUCCAGGAAGCAUUCCUACGUUUCAUGGCUUCCAUAUUGAAAGGAUACAGGUCAUACUUGAAGCCCAUUACAGGGGCACCAUCCAACAAAGCCACAGCAGCAAAUUCUCUGUUUGACCAUCAAGGCUUUCUGAAAAGCAGGGAUAGAGCCCACACGAAAUUCUACUCUUUGUUGACAAAAACACAGAUUUUCAUCCGCUUCAUUGAAGAAUGCAGUUUCGUCAGUGAUAAAGAUACCAGCUUGGCUUUCUUUGAUGACUGCAUUGAAAAGUUGUUUCCUGAUAAAGGCGCGGAAAAGGGGGAUAAGGUUGAUCUGGAAGUCGCGGAAGACACUCGGCUGAUAGAGCUGGAUGAGUCCCAAAAGAGUGAACACACAGUGUUCAUAAUGCCACCAGAACCGAUGCCAGAGGACGGCCCUGAUCCCCUCCCAAAAUACAGUUACAAGAACUUUCCACGACUUGACUACUCUCUUUUUGAAUGGACUCGGGAUCAGUACCUCUCAUUCAAUGGCCAUACCAAAAGCACACGGUCUGCAAGCAGCCCUACUUUCAUUGCAAAAAGGACAAAACAAGAAAUUAAAACUGCUCAUAAAGUGGCCAAGAAAUAUUAUACAAAUGCUCCAGACUGGGCCAAGUGUCUCUUCAGCCAGUGUUACAGCUUGUGGUUCAUUUGUUUACCAGUUCAUGUCAAGGUUUCUUGUUCAAGAUCUCGUGCUCUUCAGAAAGCGUAUGAGGUGCUUGUAAAAAUGAGAAAAGACAAAGUGGAUCCAUUGGAUGAGGUGUGUUACAGAGUUGUUAUGCAGUUGUGUGGGAUUCACGAGAUCCCUGCUCUAGCAGUGAGAGUCUUGUUUGAAAUGAAAAAUGCUGGGAUACAGCCCAACGCAAUUACCUAUGGCUAUUAUAACAAGGUCGUGUUACUUGGCCAGUGGCCCAGUAGUAAUCGUAGUGGAACCUUUUUAUGGACCAAAGUCCGGAACGUGGUACGUGGUUUAUCACAAUUCCGAAGGCCGGUGAAGAAAAUCCAGAACACCUCUAGGACCUUGUCAGAUCCAACUUCUCAGAGUGCUGCACUUUGGAAUGAUGGGAACAUGGUGAGACAUCCUAGCGUGGAUAGUUCUAACGAGUCUAACUCAGGGGAGCACAUACUCUUCGUGAGCGAUCUAAUCAGGCUUGAUACUACUGAUAACAGCUCUAGCACAGGAGCUCAGCCUAAUCAGAAUUCUGAUUCCAAGGAUCCCAAAGAUCUUGCUUUCUACCAAGAUAUCCAGCAGCCUAAUGUCGAAUCAGAGAGAACAUUAAAUCCCAGCCAAUUUCAGGGACCUAGUGAAGAUAAAUCGUCACCUACAGAUGGAACAGAAUCCAGCACCGAGGGCCAGUGUGAAAAACUCAUGCCACUCUGUGAAGGUCCAAACCCUCCAGAAUCCCCAUCGUUUGGUGGCAGCAUUGUGAAAGUUCCUUCAGGCAUCUUUGACAACACUGGGAGGAAGAACAGUAGUGGUAGUGGUCCAGGAUUAUUGCCGUCAGUUAUGGACAUCGGAGAAGACACAGUGUUUUCCAAUGAGGUUCAGUUAAAAAAGUCUGGGUCGCAAAAGAAGCAAAAAGUCUUCUCUGAGCGAAGCUGCAGUUUCAGUGCUGAGAGUCGAGCUGGUAUGCUUCUGAAGAAAGGUAGCCUCGAUAUCACUAGCAAUGAGAUUGCCCUUAAAAUGGGAGCUGAUGCCAAGAUCCUUACUGCAGCUCUUUCCAAAACACCAACACAAGAAAACAAAGAAUUUAGUUUUGAUGGCAUAAACAGUCUUGACAAUCAGACCACUAUGGGCAGUGCUCAUCCACAGGAGGAUGCAGGAGAACCAGCCCAUGAUCAAGUAUCCGCAAAAAGAUUGUCUUUAACGAUUGAUCAUUUAGAUGUUGUUAAAGAAGAAAGCACAACAGAUGGAGUAGAAACUGUAUAUGCUGCAGAGGAAGACCAGAUACCUGUAAACUCUAGUGCUAAAUCCACAGUGGAACCAAACAAGAGGAAUAGCUUGUAUGGCCUCUCCAAAGCAGUAGAGAGGGAAGGGGUUGAAAAGGGUCUUGACCCAUUGUCCCUGCUGGCAUCAGAGACCGUAGAGGAAAAACCUUCAUCUCCCGAGGAAAAGAGUAUCUCACCUGUUGUGGCACGUAAUCUAGCUGACGAAAUUGAAAGUUACAUGAACUUGAAAAGUCCCCUUGGCAGCAAGUCCUCCAGCAUGGAACUGAGAAGCCAGGGGCAAGCACUGCCAAGUGAUAACACUGGUAGCUCUGAAAGAAGGUCCAGCCUCCCUGCAGACACUACACCUCCGACUGAUGUGCAGAGUGAAAACCCAAAGAAUUCGGUCUCAAGGUCAAAAACAUUUACUUCAGGCCCAAAGCACCAACUGAGCAGCCAAAAGGAACGGUCAUUGUCCUUGACAGCCCUUGUACGCUCCUCCCCACAUAACUCCUUGGGCUCAUUAGUGAACUCUUUUCCUGGUCUCAAGCUGGAUGCACUCUUGACAGGACCCAAAAUGGAUGUUUUAAAAUCUGGCAUGAAGUCUAGUAUGAAACAAGCAGCCAAUGUUGCAAGCAAAAUGUGGGGGGCAGUUUCUUCAGCCUACAGUUACUCUGAUGAUGAGGAUGAAGUGGAAUCCAGGUCACAUUUUCCAUCCAAUGUUGAUGAUCACCUCCUGGGGGAUCAUUUUAGCAGUAAGAUGGGUCUCCAUGGACCUGCAAGUGAACUUACACAAAGUGAUACCAGCCUUGGAAGCAGUCACAGUAGCAGUGGGGAUGCCAGCAAACAAAGCUAUGCAAAUAGUGAAGCUGGUGCUGGGAAAGGUUUAAGGGGUUUGGAAUCUGAAAAAUCUGAGCACGGAUCUCACAAUACCAGCUUGUCCAGUAUAUUUCAGAACAUUGCCAUGGAGGUCCUGAUGUCCAGUUGCUCUCAGUGCCGAGCUUGCAAUGCCCUGGUAUACGAUGAAGAAAUCAUGGCAGGAUGGACUGCUGAUGACUCCAAUCUGAACACCACUUGCCCUUUCUGUAAAACCACCUUCUUGCCUCUUCUUAACAUUGAAUUUAAAGAUUUUCGUGGCUCUGCAAGUUUCUACUUGAAGCCAAGUAAUUCUGGAGACAGUCUUCAAAGUACAGAACAAAAAAAGAUGUCAGGUUCUGCAGCCAAUGAUCUGAUGAGUUCUGAAAAUCCUACUGCCUCCACUCAGCAUACAGCAGAUAGAACCAGUGCUGCAUCGGAACAGAAUUUAAUGUCUGUUAAGGAAGGUGUGGAAUUUCCAGCCACUGUAAAGGUGCCUGAAACUGUUAGUGCCAAAAAGAGAACUGCUUCAUUGACCAGGAGUCACAGUGUAGGAGGACCUCUCCAAAAUAUUGACCUGUCACAGAGGCCUUCUCAUGGAGUCUCUACUGUCAGCCUUCCUAACAGUCUACAGGAAGUUGAUUCUUUAGAAAAGAGGCACAACCCUCUUCCUGUCUCCGUCCCAUACCUUAGCCCCCUUGUACUUCGCAAGGAGUUGGAGUCUCUGCUUGAAAAUGAAGGUGACCAGGUCAUUCACACUUCCACGUUUAUCAACCAGCAUCCUAUCAUCUUCUGGAAUUUGGUGUGGUACUUCAGGCGCUUGGACUUGCCCAGCAAUUUACCGGGUCUCAUCCUCACAUCAGAGCACUGCAAUGGUGGAGUGCAGCUUCCCCAGACAUCUCUGUCGCAAGACAGCAAGCUUGUUUAUGUUCAGUUGUUGUGGGAUAAUGUCAACCUGCACCAAGAUCCAGGAGAAGCACUUUAUAUCAUGUGGAGGAAUUUAGAAAGUAUGAAAAAGGCGGCUUCCCCUGUUCCUCCGGACCUGCAGGCCACCGAUGCCUUGUUGGAGAGUAUCUCUCUCCGUAUCCAGAAAAAUGAUGUCGUAAGGCCCAUCAGCCUUCUCUUGCAGAAAUACAGUACGGCCAGCAAACGGCAGCGGAGUCUGUACAGAGAAAUCUUAUACCUUUCAUUGGUUGCUCUCGGAAGAGAAAAUAUUGAUAUCGAGGCUUUCGACAAUGAAUACAGAGUUGCGUAUGAAAAGUUUCCAACUGAAAUACUUUGCAAAAUGCAGAAAGUUGAUGUGCCUCCAAGCAAGAGUGUGGAGUGCUGUAGGAGUUUAUUUGGAGCACCUCUUAUUUAAAAGUGAACACGCUCACACACAGAACAGAACUUUAUACCUUGGAGAUAUGUCACUUUUUUUUUUUUUACCUUAAACUCAAAACAUCUCAAAAACAAAAAAUGUUAAAUAACUCUGCUUGAAUCAUUGCUCAAACCAAGAGGAGUUUCAUACCUCGAGAAGGAUUGGAGAUGCAGCCCCAUUUGUCUGAAACAGCAUUUCAUACCCACUACCCGUGAGGAGCACAUUUCCUUUCAGGGCAAAUUCGAGAAUGUAUGUGGUAUGUUAUGUCAAGACCCAUCUUCUUCAAGUGCCUUUGGGGAAUCAGCAGUAUAUUUUGUGGCCUUAGAAUUUGUAUACUAAAUGAAAAUAAAAUGAAUACAUCAAUGGGUAAUAGAAACCUGUAAACCUGAUUCUGAUAAACUUUUACACUGCCAACGGCUGCGGGUGAAAGCUUUCUGCUGCCCUUCUCCGCAGCACUUUGACUAUCUGUUGUAUGACAGAUUUAAAUACUAUGCUGUAAAAUAUACUCAUCCCUUUUUUUCUGAAAAAUUGCUGGAAGCAGCUCUGCUGCCUAAUAGACCCGCUUGGGAAUGAUGUGCGAAAGGCACUCUUUUAGCCUUAAGACUCUCAAUAAUUUUGUCUGACAAUCUUCUUUGCAGUAACCCAUUAUAUCCAAGACUCGGCUGUGGAUGCGGCACAUGUUAAAGCUUUUGCACUUAAAGCAAAUGACUGGUCUUUGUUACCAAAUUUAAAGGACAGUUCCGUGAUUUGCAACUAAGCAUUUGGACUAUGUCUCUGUAAGCCUUAUUGUCAUUUGCGUCCUAUAACCACUUCCGAUGUUUUCUAAAGUUGCGAUGUAAAAAAAUGGAUUCACAUAAGCGCUCCUGAUUGUUUUUAUGUCAGAUUAUUUUACUCAGCUGCAGAUGGAAGCAAUAGAAAAUCUGACUUUUGAGAGGUCUACUUUAAAUUGUGUUCUUUAAACAGAAUCUUUACGUUAGUUAUGUCAAGUGACUCAUAAAGCCUACUCUAACAUGCAUUUUUGGAAUCUGGAAGGUAGCUGUCUGUGUGUCCUGUAGAAGUUGUUGUGUUGGCUCUCUAUUGAUGUUCAUGCUAUCUGCAGAAUCAUACGGCAUGCAGCCUAACAUAAGCUCAGAGGGCUAUUAUUGCUGGUCCCUGUGAGACAUUCAAAGACACUUCCAGUCCCUUGCUAAUGAAGUUCUGCAUUUUAAAUAAUUUCUUAUUAACACAUAGAGGUGUAUUUUCAGUCCCACAAGCUGCUUGUACACAUACAAUCCAACAAAAUGCACCAAUUAAUUUGAUAUUA